AUGAAUUACUCCAAAAAAUUGAAAAGGGAUUUGUAUGAGGUUUUAGCUUCGUUAAUGGAUAUAGAUGUGGAAAUUUUCAGUUUUAUCAUAAAAAUUUUAAUAAAAGAAAAAGUUUCUGAUUCACUAGAGUUUUUCGCAAAAUAUUAGAAUCAAAAGCAUUUAGAAUAAUACAUUUUUUAAGUUCAUAAUUUGGAAAUGUUUGAUAAAUGGUGGAAGCAAGAUGCUAUAAAAAAUAACAUUCGGAUAAUUAUUAAUGUUCUAAAAGAAAUUAAUGAGCAUGACUUCAAUAAAAAUGACUAUUCUACAGAGAUUUUUAUAUAAAUAAGAAAAUCUCUUAUAAAUAAAAUAAAAGACUAAUAGAUGAUUAUAAAUUUUUUGAAAUUUCUUGUUUAGCUUACCGCUAUAGAUAAAUAAUUCAUAUAAUGUGGUUCUAAUUCACUUAACUUAUUAGUUUAAAUGAAAAUAGAUUUGACAAAUCAAUCUUUUGAAAGAAUCAGGAUAGAGAAUACUUCUUUAAUUGGAGGAAACUUUGUUAGGUGUAAUUUAAAUGAAUCGGAAUUUAACAAUGUGGAUAUAAGUGGAAUGAAUAUAAACGGAGCUCUUCUCUUCAAUUGUAAAUGGAAAAAUAUUAAAAUCCAUGAACUGAACUAAUUAGUUGGUCAUAAAAAUAGGAUAGAAACUGUAUGUUUUUCACCUGAUGGAACUACAUUAGCAUCUGGUAGUUAUGAUAAGUCUAUAUGUUUAUGGGAUGUUAAGACUGGGUUAUAAAAAGCAAAAUUGAAUGGUCAUAGAAGUUAAGUUCGAUCAGUAUGCUUCUCGCCAGAUGGAACUUCUUUGGCAUCUGGAAGUUUUGAUGAGUCAAUAAUUUUAUGGGAAGUUAAGACCAGAAAAAGAAAGUCUAAAUUGGAUUGCCAUAAAUAUCCGGUCAUCUCAAUAUGUUUCUCACCUGAUGGAACUACAUUAGCAUCUGGUAGUUUUGAUUAGUCUAUACGUCUAUGGGACGUUAAGACUGGAUAAUAAAAAGCUAAUUUAGAUGGUCAUAGUAAUUCUGUCUUUUCUGUAAGCUUCUCACCAGAUGGAACUACUUUAGCUUCUGGCAGUGGAGAUUAGUCUAUACUUUUAUGGGAUGUUAAGACUGGAUAAUAAAAAGCUAACUUAGAUGGUCAUAGUAAUUAUGUUUACUCAGUAUGCUUCUCACCAGAUGGUACUACUUUAGCCUCUGGCAGUAGAGAUAACUCUAUCCGUUUAUGGGAUGUUAAGACUGGAUAACAAAAAGGAAAAUUUGAUGGUCAUACUAAUUCGGUCAUAUCAGUAUGCUUCUCACCAGAUGGAACUACUUUAGCAACUGGAAGUGCUGAUAACUCAAUUCGAUUGUGGGAUGUUAAGACUGGAUAAUAAAAAGCUAAAUUUGAUGGUCAUAAAAAAAAAGUCUGCUUUUCACCAGAUGGAACUACUUUAGCUUCUGGCAGUGAAGAUUAGUCUAUUCGUUUAUGGGAUGUUAAGACUGGAUAAUAAAAAGCUAAAUUGGAUAGUCAUACUAGUUAUGUUUAAUCAGUAUGCUUUUCACCAGAUGGAACUACUUUAGCUUCUGGCAGUGGAGAUUCAUCUAUUCGUUUAUGGGAUGUUACAAUUAGAUAAUAAUUUAAACGUUUAGAUAAAAAAUACAAAGAUCUCUAUGUAUAAUUUAAAAUACCCCUAAAUUAAAACAAUCAUCUUCCAGAGAGUAUUAUUUCUUAUUUUAUUUUAGGUACUUAAAAUAUUAAUAUUCUUCUUAUAUCUUAAUCUGCCAUACUUUAAUCAUAAGGAACUCUGAUUUUUAAUGGAGAAUUUGUAAAUCAUUAAGGAAGAGAUUUAAGAUCAACAUUAAAAUCUAAAGGUAGUUUCUUUUUGGAAACAAAUUUAGAAAAAUAUUUAAAGUUGAAUUGA